AUGCGUCGAUUCAUCCUGGCCGUCGUCGCUGCAGUGGCCGUGACCGCCUCGGCCUCUUCACUCGGACGGCGAGGCCAGCAGCUCAGGCCCUCGCCCAAAGUACUACACGACGAAAAAUAUUGCUAUGGUCUUUACCCAAAGGGUACGCCCUGCCCGAUAGAGGCUGCCACUUUUGACCAGCUCAUCGACCAUGAUGAUCCCUCUCUGGGCACCUUUAAGCAGCGCUAUUGGGUCAAUCCCGAAUUCUACGCCGGACCCGGCGCACCAAUCGUACUGUCGGGCCCCGGUGAGCAGGCGGCUGACAGAAUGGUCUGGUACACGACCAACUUGACCCUCGAUGGCACCUUUGCCCAAGAAAUCAAGGGAGCCGCCAUUGUGCUCGAGCACCGCUACUGGGGCGAGAGCUCUCCCUUUGACAAAAUGACGACCAAAAAUAUGCGCCAUCUCACCCUCGACAAUGCAAUGCGCGACACCACAUACUUUGCCCGCAAUGUCAAGCUGUCUUUUGACUUGGAUGGAACAUCCCAUCCAGACAAGGCACCCUGGGUCUUCACCGGCGGUUCCUAUCCCGGUGCCCUCGCCGCCUGGAUCAACAAGCUACAUCCGGGAACCUUUUGGGCCUAUCAUGCCGUGUCUGCUGUUGUUCAGCCCAUCGCCGACUUUUGGCAGUACUAUGUCCCCAUCGAGGCCGCCAUGCCGCGCAACUGCAGCAAGGACAUGAAGCUGGCAAUCAAAUAUGUCGACAAACAGCUCUCUUCAGGCGACCAAGCCCGCAAAGACGCCAUCAAGGCAAAAUUCGGUCUGUCGGGUCUGGCCGAUGAUGAUUUUGGCUGGGCUCUUGCCGACGGUCUGCAGAGCUGGCAAGGUACGCAAUUUACCACACCGCCCAACAAAAUACCAUUGUUCGACAUGUGCGACUACAUUGAGGGCGUGGGCGGCAAGAAUGGCAGCGCAAUCCAUAUCCCGGAUGAAAAUGGUGUCGGGAGAUGUGCUGCCGUCGCCGGUCUUGCAAAGUGGUUCCGCACCGUUCGCAUUCCCGGCAGCUGCCAGAGAAAUUGGGGUGACUAUUGGAAAAAUGAUUCACAAACAACCGAAUGCUGGGAUACGCAUAAUCCAAACAGCCCCUUCUUCACUGACCGCAGUGUUCGUAAUGAGUGGAAUCUCCAAUGGCAGUGGAUGUCGUGCAAUGAGCCUUUCCAGCAAUGGCAGGCUUCGGCUCCGGGUGAUACAGGUCUCGUCUCCCGCCAUGUGACCAUGCAGUCCUUGCGAGAUCAAUGCGAGCGCUUCUUCCCAGAUGAGGACGGGUACAGCUACGGCCUGAAGCGCGGCCGCACCACUGAUGCCAUUGUGCAGCGUACAGAUGGCUGGAGCAAUGUCAACUCGACGAGGCUGGUCCAUGUCAAUGGUGAAUACGAUCCCUGGCUGUCCGAGAGCGUGUCGUCGACCUUUAGACCAGGCGGUCCGCUUGAGUCGACGCCCGAAGUACCGGUUUUUGUGGUGCCCAAGGCGGCUCAUUGUCCUGAUCUCGUCAUGAGAAAUACCUUGGCAAAUGAGCCGCUUCAUGAAAUAACUCAAAAGGUCAUUGGUAUAAUUAGCGCCUGGGUGGAUGAAUUUUACGAGCAAAGAGGAAUCUCCCACCCUGGAUUUUAA